AUGGCGCCAGCAGUCAUCAAGGAUGAGGCUACAUCGACGGCCAAGCGUAAAGCCGAGUCGCCUGACGACUCCAUAGCCGACAGCAAGCGCUUCAAGUCAUCGACCUCGCCCACACCCACUCUAGCGAAUGACACCGGAGACGCCAUCCAGUCGACAGCACCACGCAUCGUACCCUUUCCCGAGAAACCCGCCGUCAUCGAAGAGCGCAACGGCGAGAUCGAGUUCCGAGCUGUCAACAACGAUGGCGACCACGAGAGCUACAUCAUCCUGACCGGCCUCAAAUGUAUCUUCCAGAAACAAUUGCCUAAGAUGCCCAAGGACUACAUUGCCCGUCUCGUCUACGAUCGCACUCAUCUUUCCAUGGCCAUCGUCAAAAAGCCCCUCGAAGUUGUGGGCGGCAUCACAUAUCGCCCUUUCAAGGGCCGCCAGUUCGCCGAAAUCGUCUUCUGCGCUAUAAGCAGCGAUCAGCAAGUCAAAGGUUACGGCGCACACCUCAUGUCGCAUUUGAAAGAUUACGUCAAGGCUACCUCGGAUGUCAUGCAUUUCCUGACCUAUGCCGAUAAUUAUGCCAUUGGUUACUUCAAAAAGCAAGGCUUCACAAAGGAAAUCACCCUCGAACGUCCGCGCUGGAUGGGCUACAUCAAGGAUUACGAGGGAGGUACAAUCAUGCAGUGCAGCAUGUUGCCCAAGAUUCGCUAUCUCGAGUCAGGUCGUCUGCUGCUCAAACAGAAAGCCGCUGUUCAUGCAAAGAUCAAGGCCGUCUCAAAAUCCUUCGAAGUUCACCCUCCACCAGCUCAAUGGAAGGGCCUGAAGAAGGGCGAUAGUCUACCAGCUAUUGACCCUCUUUCAAUAGCAGCUAUCAAGGAGACUGGCUGGAGUCUUGACAUGGAUGCUCUAGCCCGUCAACCCCGCCACAACCCCAACCACUCCCAACUCAUGCAUCUCCUCUCCGCCCUCCAGAACAGCACUCACGCAUGGCCCUUCCUCCAACCCGUCAACAAAGACGAAGUCCUUGACUACUAUGAAGUCAUCAAACAACCCAUGGAUCUCAGCACCAUGGAACAAAAACUCGAAAACGACGCUUACGAAACUCCCGAAGACUUUAUCAGAGAUGCCACCCUCAUCUGUGUCAACUGCAGACGCUACAAUGCCGAGCAGACUCCUUACCACAAAGCUGCCAUCAAGCUGGAGAAAGAAUUGUGGAAGAAGGUCAAAGAUGUGCCCGAAUGGAGUUACAUCGAGCAGGAGCACUUUGCAGAGGUUGGCAAGUGA